GGAACGGGAUCGAAGAAAGCAAACGAACCAGGUUAAAUUUGUAAAAAUUAAAAUGGCGAUGGCAACAACUCAGGUUAAAGGCAGCGGUUGGCCAAGAAGGGCAAGCAAUAGUUCUUUUGAAGGAAAAGUAGUGCCGAAUCCAUCAGUUACUAUCAACAGAACCGUCAACCUAUAUCCUUUGACAAACUAUACAUUUGGAACGAAAGAGCCACUAUUUGAGAAAGACCCGUCAGUACCAGCCAGAUUUCAACGAAUGAGGGAUGAGUUCGACAAAAUCGGGAUGCGUCGCAGCGUCGAAGGUGUUCUGUUAGUACACGAACAUGGCUUACCCCAUGUGUUACUUCUUCAGCUCGGUACAACAUUUUUCAAAUUGCCAGGUGGAGAGUUGAACGCGGGAGAAGACGAGGUAGAGGGCCUAAAACGGCUCCUCACUGAGACACUUGGCCGUCAAGAUGGAGUGAAACAGGAAUGGGUAAUCGAGGAUACCAUUGGAAACUGGUGGCGACCCAACUUCGAACCACCGCAAUAUCCUUAUGUACCGCCACACAUCACUAAACCCAAAGAACAUAAGCGACUAUUCUUGGUCCAAUUACAAGAAAAAGCUUUAUUUGCUGUCCCUAAGAAUUACAAAUUAGUGGCAGCACCUUUGUUUGAACUGUAUGACAAUUCACAAGGAUACGGACCAAUAAUUUCAUCUCUGCCACAGUCACUUUGCAGAUUUAAUUUCAUCUACAUGUGAACGUUAAACGAGUCACCAGCUGCAAGAUUGGGCUGAAUUUUUAAUUAAGUUAACCAAAAUAAUAUUGAAAUUAUGUAUGUAUGUGACGAUGGAUGAAAGUUCAAUGAAACACCUCAGUUCUCUGUAUAGUAUGACUCCCCGACAUUAAAAUCACUUUUGUAUGUAAUGUAAA